CUACACAGAUAAUAGAAACAGAAGAACCCAUCUCUCUUUCUCUUCCAUCCUUUUCAUCGUAGUCACAAGCUCAACAUUUAUGAAGAUGUGUAGGGUUAAUCUGACAAAUAAUGUUGCAUUGUUUAUACUUAUUGGCUUGUUAUUUCUGUCUUCAAGCUUUGAAGUCUGCAGUGCUAGGGAAGGCAAGCACUGGGGGUGGAACAAAGCUAGUUCUCGCCGUCAAAUUGCGGCACGACCACGAGCAGGAAGCUCUGCCACCUUUAAUGUGUUAGCCUAUGGUGCCAAAGGUGAUGGACGCACAGAUGACACCAAGGCAUUCGUCGCAGCAUGGGCUGCAGCUUGUAAAGUAGAGGCAUCAACACUGAUGGUUCCAUCUGGGUCAGUGUUCCUUGUUGGACCCAUUUCCUUCUCGGGCCCUAAUUGUCAACCCAACAUCGUAUUUCAAUUGGAUGGCAAGAUCAUAGCUCCUACAAGUUCUGGUGCUUGGGGAUCAGGUCUGUUGCAGUGGAUUGAAUUUACAAAACUGAAGGGGAUUACAAUCAGAGGCAAAGGAAGUAUUGAUGGACAAGGUUCGGUCUGGUGGAACGACUCACCGACCUUUGAUCCUACAGCUGAAGAUGGCAUGAUAAGUGCUGAACUGAGGGGAAAGAUGCCAGGCACCAAACCAACAGCUUUACGAUUCUAUGGAAGUGAUGGUGUAAUAGUGACUGGCAUAACUAUACAGAACAGCGCUCAAACCCACCUCAAAUUUGAUGCUUGCACAAGCGUUCAGGUUUCUGGCUUCAGUGCAUCAUCUCCUGGUAACAGCCCCAACACAGAUGGAAUUCACCUGCAGAACUCCCAAGAUGUGGUCAUCUCCAGCACAACUCUUGCUUGUGGAGAUGAUUGUGUAUCGAUACAAGCCGGAUGCUCAAAUAUAUAUAUCCAUGAUGUGAACUGUGGACCUGGACAUGGAAUCAGCAUCGGAGGACUUGGAAAGGACAACAGCAAAGCGUGCGUGUCAAACAUUACUGUUCGAGAUGUCACUAUGCAGAACACAUUAACUGGAGUCAGAAUUAAGACAUGGCAGGGAGGCUCAGGCGUUGUACAACAAGUGAUGUUCUCAAACAUUCAAGUUUCAGAAGUUGAAACUCCAAUCAUGAUUGACCAAUUCUACUGUGACAAGAGCAGCUGCAAGAAUCAAUCUUCAGCUGUGGCUGUGUCAGGCAUAAACUACGUGAACAUAAGAGGAACCUAUACAGUGCAACCUGUACACUUUGCAUGCAGCGAUAGCCUGCCAUGCAGUGGAGUGACUCUAAGCACCAUCGAGCUAAAAUCAGCUCAAGAAAACCACCGUCUGAGUGGACCUUUCUGUUGGGAGACCUAUGGAGAGCUCAAAACUGCCACAGAACCUCCAAUUAAUUGUUUGGAGAUUGGGAAACCAUCAAAAGCAGGAACUCAAUCUAGUUUUGAAUCUUGCUGAGAAUAGCCUCCAAUAUAUAGCCAUACAAAUUAAUAUGAAUGCUAGGGUUUGCCAUUUAUACUCAUUGUUGUAGCCAUAUUCUUAGGAUAUGUAAAAGACACGUAUGUGUACUGAAGCUGAUAGUAUAGUCCAAUGCAAACUGUCGCCUACGGUGAAUUAUGUUUU